UACUGUGUGAUUUCUAAGAAAAUGGCGUAUUUCUAAAAGCAUUGUGAUGACAGACGUGAUAGAUAUUAUUAAGGUGAAUUGUUAGUGCUUUCAUUCGCUUGAAGAUACAAGUUUGUUUCAUAAACUUUUGUGCUACGAUUGAAAUCUAAAGACAUCAUCCACCAUGUCGAGUGUUCCAGUCCUCUAUCACCAGCCUCCUGCAGCUCUCAAUAAGACGGUGGCAAUGAAAACGGUUGACACCAGGCCGUUCGAACAGAGCCUUUCUCUGGUUCCCCCUACCCUGAGUCGCUCUUAUCCAACCGAAAGUCGAGUGCUCGAUUCUGUUCGCUUCCCCAACAUCUUCACUUCAGCAACUGCCACAAUGAAAACUCGAUACACGCCAGCAGACUGGUCGCAGAGUAACUUGAAUCAUUUCAGCGAUGCUGACUCCACCAGAGGGGUCUCGGAGAGAGUACGGGAUGACGCCGUCAGGCUCGUCGGCUUCACCUAUGACCGGACAAACAUCGCCCAGCGAGAGAGCUCUCAGAGAUUAGGCGAACGAGUGAGCGACAUCACAUUUUGGAGGAGCGAGCUCAUGCAGGAACUGGAUCGUAUGCUGGCAGAAACCAAUAGACUCAACGACUCCAGAAGAGCGCUCGAGCACGCUCUCAAGGAUACUGAAAACCCUCUUCACGUGACCAAAGAGUGUCUCUAUUUCAGAGAAAAUCGUCAAGGAAUCGACCUGGUCAGGGACCACCCAGAGGAAUCUCUCUUGAGGGAAGUGGACACCAUCAAGGACUGUCAAGCAAGGAUGAGGAAUCUUCUCGAGAGAGUCAAUUUGCAGCUGAGCCGUGAUCGUUCUGCCAGGCAAGAUUUAGAACACGACACUAUGAACAAGAACCAUGCUCUUACCAUCGACCACACACAACAUAGCCUCCAUAAUUACUCCGCUAAUAUAACUUACUACCCUGGCAUCGAAAGGGUGGAUAACACAGUGAGUGUCCCAGACACCUGGGCAGAAUUCAGCAACCGGAACAUCCAGCAGAGCCAGAGUGAAAGGAACAGCUCGCAGCGACUACGUCAGGAGGUAGACGCCCUCAUAGCAGCUACCCAUCGGGAUAUGUGGACGGCUUGGUCAAAUUCCAACACAACUCUCACCCAUCGAUCUGGUGAGACUAACGACGCCAGAAACAAACUGCUCGCACACAGGGACAGGGUACAACGUGAAAUGAACGAUCUUGAGCGUCACAUUGACCUUCUGAAAAAGGCCAUCUUGGAUAAAUCAGCGCCUCUGAAGGUUGUCCAAACUAGGCUCGAAGGAAGGACGCACAGGCCUGAAAUGGAACUUUGUCGAGAUCCUCCACAACACAGGAUGGUGCGAGAAGUGCAGGAGCUGAGCGAAAGCGUCGAGGCUCUGAGACACAAGCUCUCGGAAGCCGAGAAUUCCCUCCACAGGUUGGCCCAGAUGAGGGCGCGUCUCGACCAUGACUUGGGAGUCAAGACGAACUCUUUGUAUAUCGAUCGAGACAAGUGUCUUGGCAUUAGGAAGAGUUUCCCGUUAUCUCAGCCUCAUUUAAUUGACUUCACUCUCUAUUAGAAAAGUCAGUUAAGACACCCACCCCUCAAAUAAAGGAAAAAUAACGCAAUUUUAGUGACAACGCAGUAAUCACAAGCAUCAUGAGUUAUCUAUAGAUUCAUCAUUGCUGUCUUACAUUAUCAUUGAAAGUCUUAGUGAAAGAGUGCCUUAAUUCUGUCGAGGUACUUAUCAUCAUCCGUCCAUCGCAAUCAGCUUUAUUCAGUCUGUUCUAUAUCACGAUAAGUAAUGUACCUCUUUGUUAGUUUUCUUCGAAAAAAGAAAAACAUCGGCAGGUAUGGUUACCUUCACUGGAAUGUAGACACCAGUUUUCUAGAAAAUAAUUAACUUGAGCUGGAAAAGUAUUCUGUAAGUGUGAUCAAUGUCAUGAGGAUAUCAAGUGUAUAGUAAUACCCGAGAAAGCGUAGGGCCGCCAAGAUGAAAAAUGCCUUCAUUUACAUUAUACAGUGCUAGGUGAUUUCCAUGUCUGCAUAUCGUUAACCCUUUACGGGGAAAAAGCACUAAAUGGGUGUUUUCGCCAGUAUUCCUUAAUAUUGGGUUGUAUAUUCUCGAAACAAGGUGGAAAAUACUUAUUUCCCAGCCUACUUGGCGGACGUAAGCAGAAUCGUAGAAAUUAUUUGUAAUAAACGAAGACUAAUUCUAGUCCGCCUGCUGGUGAAAUGAAGGUUGCAAUAGGAAGGAAAUCUUUAGUUGGGUUCAAAAGAGAAGACAUCCCCGAUCCGCGCCACUUCCUCGAAAAAAAAUAAAAAAUAAAAAACUCGGCCAGGCCUGACCAGGCCAUGGAGAAAUCUCAAAUUGCUACUCAGAAGGCCAACUCUAUUUCAAGACUUGAAGGCGGUCAUAUACAAUAAUCACGUUUUCUUUUGUAGAAGUUUUGUGAAAUCAAUCCACACUUAAGACAUAUACAAAGUUGAAGGACAGAAUUUCAUAAUUUUCAGAGUAGAGUAAAAUAAUGAACGCCAUUACAGAGACAGCAUGUUCUCAGUUUUGCCAAGCGGGGCCUUGGUUAUUAUUAUUAUUAUUAUUUUUUUUUUUUUUGGAUGUGCCUGAGACAUCUUUAACAAAAUAUUGUGGCGAACUAUACUGAAACAGUCCAACAGUCCAUGAGGGGGGGAAAUAACAAAAUGAGUAGGGUUAUUUAUAAAAAAAAUGAAUGUAUAUAAAUGAACAUUGAUCCAAAAUGUCAGAUUUGUUACGGGUGAAGUGGUUCACUUACAUAUAAGUCUACGAAAAGAACUUAGCUGAUUGAAAGAAGCGAAACAUCACGCGUCCUUCACAGUGUGAAUAGCACACAGCAUUAUCCACACUGUCUAUGAUAUACCACGUCCAUUAAAUUUGUCGUUUUUCCAUUGAAGCUGGUUACUGAGCUCCUGACAUUCAUAUGCGUGCUAGAAAACGGAUGUAAAACGUUAGGUGUCUUGGAAGCCGAACAGAGGAUUUCAAAAAAGCAUCAGAGAAAGCUCAGAGGAACCAGAUAGAAUUAGCCUAAAGAACUGUCAUCAAGAAAGUGCCGCAGCUGUUGAGCACAACAAAGAAAAUGUGGACGUGCCACUUUCUCACAAAUGGAAUUCCAACCCUGAGUCGAUUUCUAGUGUUCUCUUUCAGGGUUAUAACAUUAAAUGGAAUAUUAGUGCGUGAACUGUUGCAUGCUGAGUAUAUUAGUGUCACUUAUUUAGAGCUCAGCUUGCACGGAGGGUAUUAAUUAAAGAACGAAUGGUUGCAAGAGGUUUGGAUCAUUCUAAGUCCUGAGAUAGGGCAGAUAUCGGGCGUUCGCUC